ACGCCCGCGUCGUCAUAUUUCCUCGGAGUGCAGAUUGAUACAAGACCCUCGCGGCCACCCUGCAACACCAUGACGCCCGCGAAAUAGGUGCACUCGGCAAUCCGCCACCACCGCUUCAAUGGGGAAUGGGCCAGAGACUAGACGAGCAUCGCCGUUGCGCGCGGCGGAGCACCCCACCGCUGCGCCGCACGAUGCAUCCAGCCAUGAUGCCGGCUCGAGGCUGUCUGGGGCCGGUCCGACUGUCGCCGUCAACACCAAGUUCCACCUCUCCCCCGACCAGCUAUUCCGGCUCCUCGACCAGAGAAACCCGCCCGACCUGCACUCGAUUGGUGGCCUUCAGGGGCUUUGCGAGGGGCUGAGAACCGACCCCUCGACGGGCCUCAGCGCGGAUGAGACCGAGUUAGACGACGUCAUCGCUCCACGACGGGCCGCCUCCGUCACAGGGGAUCUGUACGACGGAUCGGUGCCCCUUCCCCGACCGUCGUCGCCAGCGCCCUUCCCGCAAGGCCCCCCUUCGGCCCCCUUUUCAGACCGACGGCGUGUUUUCGGCGAGAACCGCCUUCCCGAGCCGAAGACGACCUCCUUCGUGGCCUUGAUGUGGCGCUCCCUCAACAACAAACUGAUGUUCCUGCUGGCCGCAUCCGCGGUUGUCUCUCUCGCUCUCGGUGUGUCGCAGGUUACCGUUUCGGGAGGCAGCGCCGUUGCAAAGGUUGGCUGGAUGCAAAGUGCUACAAUAAUCGGGGCCAUCCUCGCCACCGUCAUCGCCACGGCUGCCAACGACUACCAGAAGAACUACAAGUUUCGGAAACUCAGUCAGAAGUGCCAAGAUCGCCAGGUCACAGCCAUCCGAUCUGGAACAUGCUGUCGUGUGUCGAUAUUUGACGUCGUGGUUGGAGACAUUCUGCGCGUCGAACCCGGCAACGUUCUUGCCGCGGAUGGGGUGCUCGUCGAGGCUUCCAGGCUGUUCUGUGACGAGUCGCACUUGUCUGGCGAGGCCGAAUUGGCAUCAAAAGUCCCGGCGGACGAGUUCUAUGGCGACGGCUCGAGCGCCUUUGCCAAUCCCUUCAUGUACAGCGGCGCUACAGUUUCUCAAGGGAUCGGCACUUACGUCGUUACGGCCGUCGGCGUCAAUUCGUCCUCGGGAAGAACGGCCAUGUCACUCCGAAACGAGGUGGAAACCACGCUGCUGCAACAGAAACUUGCUCGCCUAGCCGGAUCUAUCGUCGUCCUUGGUUCUGUUAUUGGGCUCCUCUACUUCGUCAGUCUUUUCACCCGAUUCCUAGUUAACAUAUCAACCCGCUCCGCCUCAGCCAGCCCACGCGAAAAGGGCGAAAUGUUUCUGAAUGUCUUCAUGCUAGCCAUUGCUGUCGUCGUCAUAGCCGUCCCGGAAGGGCUUUCUCUCGCGGUUGCUGUUGCGCUGGCAUCCGCAAGCACCCGCAUGCUCAAAGAUAACAUCCUUGCCAGGCUGCUACAGUCGUGCGAGGUCAUGGGCAGUGCCACAACGGUCUGCCUCGACAAGACAGGCACUCUGACUCGCAACGAGAUGACCGUUGCGUCUGGUCUCAUAGGCUGCGAGGAAGAAUUCGGGCCAGAAGACGACCGUUCUUGUGCCAGCCGCGACACCGAUAACACCGCCAUGAGUAGCUUCGGAAACUCCCAGACGGCGUCCAGGCUUGCUGGAGACCUCGCAAGUGACGUCAAAUGGUUACUCAAACUUAGCAUUGCCGCGAACUCGACCGCCUUCGAACAAGACGGCACGUUCGUGGGAGGCAGCACAGAGGUCGCCCUGCUCAAGUUUGCGAGGGAACAUCUGGCUAUGGGGCCUUUGGCCGAGGAAAGAGCCAACGUCCAGGUUGUUGAUCGCUUCCCGUUCGAUGCAGACAGGAAGUACAUGGCUACGAUCAUCAAGCAUGGCGACAAACACCUAAUGCUCGUCAAAGGAGCUGCCGAGGUUGUUCUUGGUGAUUGCGCUACUACUCUCGAGAACACCAAGAAAAACUUUAACCCGCGCGGGGAACUCGUGGUUGCCGAUGUCGACGAGAGCAAGAGAGAGAUGUUCGAGUCAACCACACAUUCGCACGCUCGCAACCUUCUUCGCCCCGUCGCCGUGGCCUACCGCGACUUGGAUUCGUGGCCGCCCAUUGCAGCGCUAGGGGCUGCCGAGGACCCUACGGAUACUGCUGCCAGUUUCGACGUGCUAUCCCGGCAUCAGCUUACUUUUGUCGCCAUGUUCGCUCUCCACGACCCGUUGCGUCCCGAGGCCAUCACUUCCGUCCGCCAAUGCCGGCGCGCCGGUAUCUCCGUCCGCUUACUCACGGGCGAUAACCUUGCAAUUGCCGAAGCCAUUGCCAUGAAAUGCGGCAUCUACAGAGCAGGUGGUAUCGCCAUGGACGGCCCUACGUUUCGGCGCUUAACGCCCGAGCAGGCCAACGCCGUCCUCCCAAGGCUGCAAGUGCUGGCGAGGUCGAAUGCCAACGACAAAGCCAUGUUGGUUACAGCACUCAAGCGGCUCGGGGAAACGGUUGCCGUAGCAGGAGACGGCACUAACGAUGCGCUAGCACUCAAAGAAGCCGAUAUCGGCUUCUCAAUGGGCAGCUCUGGGACAGAGGUUGCCAAACAGGCCAGCUCAAUCGUUGUUUUGGAUGAUAAUUUUGCGUCCAUCGUUAAGGCUCUGGCCUGGGGGCGACGCAUCAUACAGUCGGUGCAAAAGUACUGCCAGUUCCAAUUCACUCUCAACUUGACCGCGGCAGUCAUCACCAUCGUCUCCACGCUGGUCAGUGGUGUCAACGCGUCUGUCUUCCAGGUGGUGCAGCUUCUUUGGCUCAACCUGGUCAUGGAUAUCUUGACGGCUGUUUCGUUCUCCAUGGACUACCCUCCUGCGUACCUCAUGCGGAGAGGACCGGAACCUCGCAACUCGCCUCUCACCAGCACCGCCAUGUGGAAGAUGAUCUUGGGCCAAUCCAUAUAUCAGCUAGCCGUGGUCUUCGCGUUGCACUACGCGGGCUCGUCUCACUUCUGGCCAGACGCAGACAGGGCCCAGGUGCAGACCGUAGUAUUCAACGCUUAUAUGUUUAUGCAGGUUUUCAACCAGCUCAACUGCCGCCGUGUUGACAACGGCCUCGACGUUUUUGAGGGGCUGCUCGAGGAUAUCUGGUUCCUCGGAGUGCAGGCCCUCUCGGUCUUUGGGCAGAUUUUGAUCGUCUUCACGGGCGGAAACACGUUCGGCACAGUGCCAUUGACUGGUCAGCAGUGGGGCUGGUCAGUCAUGCUGGGAAUUCUGGUGAUACCAGUCGGUGUUGUCAUCCGCUACAUCCCGGACGCGUGGGUGACGAGUACCAGUCGCGCCCUCGAGCCUCUGGCAUGGCCGCUCCUCGUCGUAUUCAGGCGGUCCAGGACGAAGAAGGCGGACACCAAACGGCAGGAGACGGGAGACGCGAACGCGGCGGCUCAGGGAACGUUUGCCGACGGGGCCCAGAAGCCGCGCGGAUGGCUCGCAGGGGUUCUUGGUCGCAAGGAGCAACAGCACAGCCCCGAAUUGGCCCUCACCGCCGUCGACGGAGCCGCCCCGACGAGAAGGCCAGCUGCAGCGGUGGUCGAGACGCGUCCAGGUUCCCAAGAGCCCCUCGAUUUGCUGGCCGCCAUCGAGGCUUCCAAACACGGAGCAGACGGCGCCUUGGCAGGACUGCAUGUGCAUCCAGACACGGCCAAGGACAACCCGGUCGCGGCGACCUCUGUCCCAUACCCCCGCAGACCACCGACCCAGAUGUGAUGAAGUACGGGUCGAUAGCGACAAUGGGGCCCUGGAGGAUGUGGAAUGGCGGGCGUGAUUUUCUCUGAUAAUAACUGUCCAUAGAAUAAUGAGGAGAAGCUGCCCGGCUGCCAUAUGAGCUGUAAAAGUAGACCAAUGUACCAUUCCUCUUUGGGGCUAGCACUCUCGCCAAACUGUCCUAUCAUCACGGUUGUAGAAUGGGCAAACCAAAAGCUGAGCUCUAGCGCCCGAAUAGCCAAGACAGGC